AUGGAAAGCUCUUUUCUUAUUGCCAAAAAUUCAUUCAUCUCAGUUAUUUCACAGAAUAACAAGAAGAAGAAAGAAGAAAACAAAGGGUCUGUCGAGUUUCAAGUAUUCGGUUUCACCAAUAAGAUAUAAAGAUUUGCUUCCCAUUUGGAACUGCAUAAAAAUGAUUUAUUAUCUCAGAGGGGUUCAGAUAAUUCUGGGAAAAGGUCAAUGGCUGCUGGCGUAUUUGUCAAAGAAAAAUACAGUCUGUUGCUAG